AUGGCCGAUUUAUCAUUGUUGAUGUCAGCAAACUCUACGGAUGAGGUUGAACGAUUCGUAGCUGCAGGAGCCGACAUUUAUGGCACAAAUAUCAGCGGGGAGACAUUGUUGCAUCUGGCCGUUAAAGCUGGAAAUACUGAAUUUGUAAACUUGUUUAUUGCGUACGGAUUGUCUGUAAAUGCCAGAACACCAUAUGGACAUACGCCAUUAACGUAUGCAGUUCAAGGCGGAUUCGUCGAAAUUAUGGAUCGUCUUAUAGAUUUCGGUGCUGAUUACAAGAUAAUGAACCCUAUUGAUCAAAAUAUAGUUCACUUGGCAGUGGCAAAAAACCAAACAGAAGCAUGCAGGCGGUUGGUCACUCUGGAUAUCAAUCUUAACCAAAAGGACCGGAACGGAAUCUCUCCAUUACACUCAGCAGCGGGAAGAAACUACU